AUGAAAGCAUACGUGAUUAGAAUGGGUUACGGGGGUUUCCCCUUCGAGACUGUAGAGGAAGCGAUGCAACACGAAGAGUAUCGCGUGAAUUUCAAUCUCGACAACCCGCCGAAACGAGAUGGAUGUCGUUUGACCGCGGGACAUGGAGCGUGGACGGUUAUUCGAUACUAG